UCCUCCUCCCCCCUCCUCACUGUCUUCCAUAUGCCAACAGGAGUCAUCAGUAAAGUUGCCGUAGAAGAACCAGAAAGGAAAAUACAUAAAAGGAUUGGUCCAGUAUCUAUGAUGGAAGGAACUGUAGUGGACUGCACAAACAUGGAGGAUACCAACACGUCAUCAGAGGAGGUUGUUGGAGAGAAAAAGUCCCAGAAAGAUUCAAGAAAACGCAAGAAGCACCUAAUCCACCAAAUUACAGCACAAAUGGAAUUUUACUUUAGCUCUGCUAACAUUACUAAAGAUCGCUUUAUGGCAAGUCUAAUUAAAGAUGGCCCAUACGUUAAUCUAGACACAUUUUUCAAGUUCAAUCGAAUUCGUUCCCUAACAACUGAUAUAAAUUUGCUAAGAAAGGCUGUCAGUAAAUCAUCAUUGUUGGAACUCUCUGAAGAUGGGCUUAAAGUAAAAAGAAAAUUUGAAGUUGAAGUAAAGGAUAAUGAAAUGGAAUGUACCAUAUAUAUCGAGAACAUUCCAGCUCAUAGUGAUCAUAGUUGGAUUCGAGAAGUGCUAGCUCAAUAUGGAACUAUAGAUUACAUAUCCCUUCCACGUUAUCGUCGCUCGGGCAAACCCAAAGGCUUUGCGUUUGUUGAGUUUAAAACUCCUCAAAUGGCCAACUCUGCAUUAGAAGCAUUUGGGGCUUUAGAGUGUAGAAUUCCAGUAACAAUCGAUCCUUCCGAAUUGCUGAGUAUCAAAUCGUAUGAGGGUAAUGUGGAAGAGGAGCAGUUGAACACAAAUGAACAGGGGACACCAAACAAAUUCAUUUGCUCUUUAGAUCUAAAGCAAAAUGCACAUAAAAUUAGUGAUGAUAAAGAUACAGCCUUUAAAAUGAAGACAGAAGUAGAAGAGAGGAAAAUUGAAGUUGAUGAUAGAAUGGGGGAAGAUGUUAAUAGAAAGAGAAAGGAAGUGGAGGACAAAUUUGAAGAAAAUGACUCUGAACCUAAUAUUCAUUCUGCCAAAAAAACAAAGUUAGAUGAUGCCAUUAAUAAAUCUGCUUCAGUUACUUGUACUGAAAGUGGUGAAGUAAUGGAAGAGGGGUUGUCUUUAGGUAGCAAAAAGAAGAAAAAGAAACGUAAACGUAAUAAGAAAGAAAAGGAAGAAAUAGUGGAGAGUAUUUAUUUAAGGGUAAUGUCAAAGGAGGAUUGGAAGGGGCUGAGAAAUCAGUAUCUAAAUAUGCAACGAGAGAAUAUGAAAUCUUUAAAGAGGCAACUGCAAGAGAGAUCAAAUAUGCAGUGUGAUUAUUCAGAAUAUUGUAAUCCAAAUUUCAUUAAAAUACCAGAGAAAUGGGAUCGAAGAGAGAAUACAGCCAGCAGUGUAUCUAAUGAGAAUCAGAAUUCAAAGCCACAGUUUAUUCCAAAUGCAAUAAUAAAAAUAAGCUUUGAAGAACCACCACAAGACCCAAAAAAACUGAGAGAGACUAUACGUGAAGGGGGCAGUGGUGGCGUGGCGUAUGUGGAUGUUAGUGCUACAGAAAGAGAUGUUUUUGUUAGGUUUUUGUCUGAGGAUGCAGCUUCAGCAUACAAAAAGUCUGGGUGUUGGAGUCGUAUGGAAGUUUUAUCUGGGACAGAGGAGGAAGAGUACUGGAAUCGCAUUAUUAGUUGUUGGUCUCAAUUAAGAGGGCGGAAAAACAAACAAACUGGGAAAGGUACACUUGGCUAUUCUAAUCAAGUACGGGGCAGAGAAAAGCUACUCCAAAAAGCCUUCAGAGAGGCACAGAAUACCAAAUUGAAUUCACAUAUUGUUUUUGAAGAUUAAUUGAAGUACUAUAGUACAGUACUUCAAUUAACUUAGCACUGUACCAAAAUUACAUUUGGAUCUUGUUUAAAUGUGAUCAUGGUAUUGGUUAAUUAAAGAUUUAAAUUAGAUUUAAAUUUUAGCUACUAAACUUAGUCAUAUUUCCAUAAAAUGAUUACUUAAUGUAGAAGUAAUGUACAGAUUCUCACUGCAGUAUAAUAAAGGUACAGUACUAAACACAUGCCUUUUUAUUUAAUGCUGUUUUGUUUAAAAAAUUUGGAUAUACUGUAUGGUACAGUACUGUACUGUAAUUUUUUUAUAUAUAGUGGAACCUCGAUUAACAAAUUUAAUCCGUUCCGGCACUGAGCUUGUCAUGUGAAAUGCUCGUCUUUCAAAACAAAUUUCUCCAUUUAAAA